AGGUGGGGAAAAUAGUUCAAGAAGCCGCUGGUAGAAGUAAUUUGAAGAACGUCACUCUGGAACUUGGUGGAAAAAGUCCUAGUAUUGUGUUUGCAGAUUGUGAUAUGGAUAACGCAGUUGAAAUGAAUCAUGUUGGUUUGUUCCUCAAUCAAGGUCAAUGUUGUGUUGCUGGCAGCAGAAUAUUUGUCGAGGAAUCAAUUUACGAUGAGUUUGUUGCUAAGAGUGUUGCUAAAGCUCAAGCGAGAGUUGUUGGUGAUCCUUUUGAUGAGAAGACAGAUCAAGGCCCACAGGUACAGUAGUACAGUAAACACCAAGAUGUGAGUGAUAAGUUAUAGGUCCAGCCAACUAAAUGUGAGAGCGCUCCCAUCUCAUAGCAAAGAAUGAAUGAAACGACUUUUUAAAUGACUGUUUCAAGUGCUGACAGCGUACGGGCCUUUAAGCCAGUUUUCCGCUAGCGAAUUUUUUUCGUGCGAAGCGACCUUUUUCCUUUGUCGGUAUCACCACUGGGUAUCACUUAUAACGUCAGCAAGGCGUGGCAAAAUGGAUGCCGACAAAGGAAAAAGGUCGCUUCGCGCGAAAAAUUCGCUAGUGGAAAACCGGCUUUAGACCGAAUACAAUUCAAUAACUGAGCGGCUUCAAAGAAGGAAUCUAUGCGCAGAGUAAAUGAGUAAUUGAUGUUUCGCUUCGUAUCAAAAAAGAUUAGUGCAGUGUUUGCAACAAAAUUUCACUGAAAGCGUAUUUAUAAAGCUAGUGGUUAUUUUACGUUCUUCAUUUUGUCCAACUUCAGGUUGAUAAAGAACAAUUCCACAAAAUCAUGGAUUUAAUUGAGAGUGGUAAAAACGAAGGAGCAAAGCUGGAAUGCGGAGGAGAUCGUAGUUCAGAUAAAGGAUAUUUCAUUCAACCUACUGUGUUCACUGAUGUGCAAGAUGACAUGCGUAUUGCAAAAGAAGAGGUAAAACCGUCCGCAUAAUGUGUUUUAUAUUUUAAGCCACGUUUUCAGACAAAAUAUCGAAUAUUUUAAAAUGCAAUUUUCAUUUGCAAUAUGAUAAGUGACAACCUUAAAUUUCUCUACUGGAAACGCAGACACCUAAAAAUAAUCCUGGUUCGAUCUACCUGAGCAUUUUAUUGAAAUAUUUCGUAUUUAUGAGUUUAACUAUGCUAAUAUUUAUGUGCCAGUCCAGCAGCUUCUUAGAAGACCUUCGCGAUCAUGCGCAGUUGCGUUUAAGCUAAAAUGUUCAUCAUUUCUAUCGAGAUUUUUGGUGUGUCAAUUUAUUUAUUUAUUUAUUUAUUUAUUUAUUAACUUUACAACCAUGCAUAAAUAGACUAAAAAACUACAUAAUAUGGUUGAAGGUAUGGUCAACAGGACAUGAAAAGCCCCAUAUGAAGACCAACCUUCAAUGUUCUGCCUUAUGUUCCUAACUUUGCCUUGAGCUAUUCUCGACCUUCUUUUUCUGGUUAAGAGAUUCAUUUUUACCCCAAAUAAAAAUGUGAAAACACAGUUGAUGAAAAUGACCAGCAUCGUGAUCGUGAAACUCGUAUAAUGAACGAAUGAGUGGCGCGGAUUGAGAGACAUACAGUUACCUAAAAAAUAUAUAAACAAAACUUCGACGUUUCGAGUGCUAGCACUUCGUCGGGAAGUAACGAACUAACGAAGAGCCUUCGCGCGAAACGUCGACGUUUUGCGGAUAUUUUUGAGAUAACGCUAUACACUGUGUUACACGUACUUCAUGUAAUACGAAUUAUAGAGAUUUUACUGUAGAUUGAAGCAUUGCAUGUCAAAGCAAUGAAAGCAUGCAUUGCAUUUUAAAGCAAUUUUGUAUGGAUUUUUUAAAAAUAUAAAACCUUUUCGGGAGACCUAUGGUCAUCGUUCGCUAUCUACACAUUAGAGAGGUUAAGAUACCCCGGUUUCGGUGUACGUGUACGGGUAGCAUGAUUUUAGUUAGCAAUAUUUUCGUCGAUGUCUGUACCUUUACUCGUAAUUAAGGUACACAUUUUUCGCAUUAUAUCAUUGUCUAUUGCAAGAAAACGAAUGAUCGAAUUACAGACCGGGGUAUCUUAACCUCUCUAAUGGCACCGACCGUUCCUGAUUAUUGAACGAAAGGUUUUCUAGAGAGCAAAGCAAGUUCAUUAAAUUGAACGUAAAUGGACUGAAAAUGGAGCUACUACUGUUCUUACAUUUACAGUCAAAAGAUAAGAAGAAGCUUCCCACUUCCGCUUGUGUAGUCAGUUGUAAUUUUCUGUAAUAUUGUUCUGUUUUAUUGUAGCGCGCGAUUACCAAAUUAUGAAUAAAUACGGCGAUUAACUUUUGUUUAGGUUGCUUUGUUUAUGAUAAUUUGUAACAAAGGAUGCAUUUUUCGUUAGAUUCACUACAUUUUAACACAUAAAAUAUUAUCGUCGCAAUUCUCCAUGAUCGGAGUAAUACAGAAAUUUACAAAUUACAGUAAAGCAGAAAGUUCUUGUAUUUUGACCGAUGUCAUAUUUAUACUGAUUAGCCUAUAUUGGCACGUUUUAAUAUUAAUUAACAAUUAUUAGGCGAAGGCGAGGUGAUCAUCGGUGAAUAAAAACCGAGACGAAGUCGAGGUUUUUAUUCACGAUAAUCACCGAGCCUGAGGUGAAUAAUUGUUUUAGUAUAAUUUCAUAGGUGAUUAUUUGGAAAAAAUAAGAAAAUACACAUUUCUUUCAUUUUGACAAAAAGGCUUCGGCCGCCAUUUUGAAAAUCGCUUAGGUGAUUAUCGCGUAAUAAUCACCUCAACGGCAACCAAUCAGCGUGGAGAAUUUUCAAUAAUCACCUAUGUAAUUAUACUAAUAUUGUUUACAAGAGUUUUCAAAUGUUUAUCCUCGUAAAUUACCUCGCAUAUUUCUCUCCGUUGUAUUUCAGAUCUUUGGACCAGUUAUGCAAAUAUUGAAGUUUAAAACAAUCGAUGAAGCGAUUGAACGAGCAAAUAAUACAACGUAUGGUCUUGGCGCCGGAGUAUUCACCUCUAACUUGGAAAACGCUGUCAUGACAUCGCAUGGAAUCAGAGCUGGACUUGUUUGGUGAGAAAAAUGAACAAGUUGUAGGCAAUUUUGAAGGCAAUUUGGAAUGUAAAAAUAUAAGUAGUGGCUACUUUCAGGGCAUUAGAUGAGGGGAGAUAAAAUUCGUUCUAAGCCUCUUUCGUCUAUGUCUUUUUUAACAGCUUUAAUUUGGCACGUACAUAACUAGACAUUUUUGUACAUAAUUUACAUACUAGACAAUCGCAUUUAACAAGAAAAUGGAGAACACUAACACAAGGGAAACACAAAGAGACAAGGUCGCAUGCAUAGUGCUCACCACUAGAUGUGAUAGGACGUAGUCGUAGUGGCUGGUACAAGCUUUCGUGGAGAUACACAUGGCUAUAGUUGUAGCUUCAUUGCAAUACACAAAGUCAUCUUCUGUUUACCCUGCACAGAACAUAUUCUGUACCCUGCACAGAACAUAUUCUGUGUAGAUGUCAUAACCGGUGUCUUUGAGAUCCAAAAAGUUUCAGUGGAAGGUUGCAUUCCAUUUUAUUUUCUUUCAACAAUUUUACAGUUAUUGCAAUCUUUCUAAUAAGAGAAUAACCAUUUUAUAUUCCAACCUUACUCCACCAGGGUGAAUUGUUACGACAUAAUUGACAUGACCUGUCCAUUUGGCGGAUACAAGAUGUCAGGAGCCGGACGAGAACUGUGAGUUCAUUAAUAAUGAGCUUGACAACUAGCAUUUGUAUGAAGUACAGUUAAUGUUGAUACGGACACUUUAAUGAUCAGAUUUGACACACACAAUCUUCUAACCUUACAGGGGGGAAUAUGGUUUGUCGCAGUAUUCCGAAGUGAAAACGGUACGUAAUCUAUAAAAUGGCUGACUCCUGUAAGUCAUCAUUUUUAUCCAAACGCUAAUAUAAACUAUAUCUAUGACGUAUACUGGUGUUUCGUUCUUGUGAGUAUGUGUUGCAGGGCAAGCAGAAAAUUCGACUUGACCACGGCUGGGAAUCGAACCCGCGACCUUGGCAUUUCUAGAACGACCCUCUACCGUCUGAGCUACAAGGAUAAUUUGGGAACGAUGUUACUUAUUUGUGAUGUUAUAGGGUCGGUAGAUAGGUAAAUGAACAACCCAACCACAUCCCAAAAAAUAUAUUGUGGUCGGCAUACAGGAUUUUUUUGUUAGGCCUAGGUUAAUAGAGUUUCAUUGGGUUUCGUGUAGUAACAGUACUUAUUUCACUGUUGAAAUUUAGAUCAUGACGAAGAUUCCACAGAAGAAUUCCUAGAAAUGAUGACACUUUGCUUGAAGAGCUCAAAUUGUAGAGCUUUACUUUAUUUCAUAAAGUCAGAACAGGAAAUGUGUUUCUAGUAUAGAUAUACAUUACAUGCAUGCACACUACGACGUUUAGUGGAUGUAUCCGUAUUUGUAUAAGUAUAUUUUUAAUUUGUAGAAAUAGUAUAAUGCAAACAUUGUGCAAUUUAAAUAAUCCCGCUUG